UGGGAAUAAAACUUUUUCGUCGCCACUUGCCAUAAUAAUAAUAAAACGAUCGAAAAAGCUGUCAAAAAACUAAUAAAGAAAGGGAAAAAAAAAAAAAUUAACGAUGGACAGAAACAUGUUGUUGCCUACUUAUUUAGCCCCAAAGGAGUAGUACUGCAAACAGCAAGUUUCUAGAGAAAAAAUUCUGAUAUCAGAAGUUAAACCGUUGGAAAGAAUCAAUAAUGGCCAAAGAAGAAACUAAGCUUCAUAUAGCCAUGUUUCCAUGGCUAGCUUUUGGUCACAUGAAUCCAUUCCUAGAGCUUGCUAAGCUCAUCGCUCAAAAGGGUCAUCUUAUCUCUUUCAUUUCCACUCCAAGAAACAUCGAUCGCCUUCCUAAACUUCCUCCAAAUCUUUCUUCUCAAAUCAACUUCAUCAGAAUCUCACUUCCUCGCUCAGAGAACCUCCCUGAAGAAGCUCAAGCCACCAUAGACUUGCCAAGAGAACAAGUCCCUUACCUAAAGAACGCGCACGAUCUUCUUCAAGAUACGAUGUCCCAGCUACUCCAAUCCUCGAAACCAGAUUGGGUUGUGUACGAUUUCACAGCUCACUGGUUAUCAGACAUAGCUAGAAACUUGGGAAUUCGGAGCGUCUUCUUCUCCAUAUUCACUGCGUCAUGUUUGUCAUUCAUGGGACCAACACUGACUCCCGAUGAUCGAAACAAGCCAGAGGAUUACACAGUGGCACCCUAUUGGGUUCCAUUCCCAUCUAACAUAGCAUAUCGAAUGUUCGAGGUUAAAGUAAUCUAUGACGGUAUAACCGGCGAUGACGGAGCUAUGUCGACUUUCCGUAGUUUCGUAGAGGUUUUGAGAGGUUGCGAUGUUGUGGCGGUGAGAACUUGCUCGGAGUUCGAACCGGAAUGGUCGAAUCUUUUGCCAGAUGUUCAUCGGAAGCCGGUUUUUCCGGUUGGUGUUCUAGCACCAAAACCGGUCGUCAAUGGAGACAGCAAUCACGAUUGGGGGUGGAUUAAGAAGUGGUUAGACUCGCAACCUCAACGCUCGGUAGUAUACAUUGCGUUUGGUACAGAAGCCAAACUUAGACAAGACGAGCUCACCGAGAUAGCUCAUGGAUUGGAGCUAUCUGGAUUGCCUUUCUUCUGGGUUCUUAGACUCCAUCAUGAUCCAAUGGAUUCUGAGCUUCAACUACCAGAAGGGUUCGAAGAACGAACCAAAGGCCGCGGAAUUGUGUGCACCACUUGGGCACCUCAGCUCAAUAUUUUAGCUCAUGACUCUGUUGGAGGGUUCUUGAGCCAUUCAGGAUGGAGCUCAGUGAUUGAAGCUCUUCAGUUUUCAAUACCGCUUGUGUUAUUCACCAUUGCCAACGAUCAAGGUCUGAAUUGCUCUCUUUUUGUGGAUAAAAAGGUUGGGUAUCCGAUUCCUAGAGAUGAAUACGACGGGUCGUUUACGAGGCAAGGCGUGGCUGAUUCGCUGAGACUUGUUGUUGUGGAAGAAGAAGGGAAGUGUUAUAGAGAAAAGGCUCAGGAGAUGAGCAAGUUGUUUGGUGACAAGGUUAGACAAGAAAGCGUUGAAAAGGAUUUUGAGCUGUCAGCUUUGUACACGUGGUGACAAGGCUGUUCCAUGCCGGCCUUUAUAUUAUCAGAUUCACUUUGAAUAAACUCACGUCAGUCAUGUUUCAGUCAAUAAGUUAAUUAUGGUAAUUUUCUUUUCUUUUUUUUUGAAAAAGCAGCAAUGGCCUCUUAAAAUUUUGAAAAGUCAAUCUUAAUUUUGAUAUUUGAAUUUUAUAUUUUUAAUG